AUGCAGCAUUUUGGCGAAUCCCACCAGGACGCGAACGAGGCUUCAGCGUCGGAGCCUGAAGAGGUCGAGGACGAAAUAGAGGUCGAAGCUCCUGAAGGUGCUGAGAAUAAUGGAGCCGACGAAGGACCUCCAGCCAAGAGGAGGAAGACCGGUGGCAACCUGGAGUGUGUGUACGAUGAAAGGAAGCUCAAGCCAGGACUGCGGUCUGGCGCCAUCGAGCACCUCAGCCAGAGAAUCACUGCGCUCGAGAACAUGUUCCUCGGCCAAGGCAUGCUGUGGCAACAAAAUAUCACCAAGAUAUGGCGUAGACUUGACGAUGUGGCACCGGAACGGGUAUCCAACCCCAGCCCACCGGACUCUGGCUGCUCCAUGGUUGGGACCUCGCUGCAGGAGUGCACAGCGCAACUCCGAAAGACACUUUCUUCCGCGUCCGGAGACGGCAAUUCAUGGGCACUGCCACCUAGCGAAAAGGAGACGUCAACCCGGGUUCACGAUGUUCAGCACCAUCAAGCAAACCCACUACCGUCGAGGAUGGAUUCAGAACACCGUAUCACCACUGGUGACGACAACGAAUUGCCCCCCGACGACGUUCUGUUCUUACUUGUGGAAACCUACUUUCGUCUCAUCCAUCCCUGGAUCCCCAUGCUGCAUGUUCGAAAUUUCCGUCAGCGCAUGAAGGAUCCAUUACAGCGUAGCCAGAUCACCACAAUCUGCCAUGCUAUCAUCUCCAUCUGCGCGCGUUUCUCCAAUGACCCUCGUCUCGGUCAAGAUAGCGCAGCACGCGAUCAGAAAGCGAAACGAAGUCGCGAUACUGUGAUCCUGCAGAGCAUGCAGUCUUUCUCGGUGGAAAACCUUCAGGCGCUCAUCAUUAUUGCCUUCGACACCAUCGGUAGUGGUCGCAGCCCAAGUGCCUGGUCUGUGGUGGGCAGCAUGACGCGUACGGUCGAGCAGCUACAACUCAGCGUCGAACCUGCAAGUGACGAGCAAUCUCGCGCCGCUGAAAUGCUCCAGAACCAGAUCAAGAGAGUCGCUUUCCUGCCUCCUGCGCGAGAUUGGAGUGAGCUCGAGGAGCGAAGGCGUGUAUUCUGGAAUGUGUUCCUAAUGGACCGUUUCUGUAGCAUCGCCACAGGAUGGAACCUGUCCCUGACGAGUGCCGAUGUAAGGAGAAGGCUACCUUGCGAAGGUGCUUUAUGGGAGGCGGGCGAUGCCCUUGAGACUCCCACGCCGUUCUUUGGGGUCUCGGAAAAGUACGAUCAAACAUCCACAACCUCCCCAUCUUUGGACCCUCGCCAAAGGCAGAAGGCACAGGCAAAUGAGAUGAGGUUACCCACAGCCAGAGUCGAGAGUGAGGACCAGGAGUCUCUCGGUGGGUUUGCCUAUUGCAUUGAGGCAACCGAGAGUCUCAGUCUUGUCACGUCAUUCUUCCUACAGCAAGCAGUGGACGUCUCCAAGGCACAGGACGUCCAGAUGUGGCUCAUGCGCUUCAAACAACUGGAUCUCCGCCUGGUACAGUGGAAGAUAUUCCUACCUGAGCGUUGGCGAGAGGCUUGUGCGCUCAAUGAGGAUGGCAAUAUGGAUCCCAACUUAACCCUUGCACAUAUUACUCACAACGUAGCCGUCAUACUUCUCCACCAGGGUAUCGCCUACCCAUCCGCCAAAUGGCAGUCGGUGCUGCCAACCAUCGGCGUGCGUCUCCCUUCUGCCUCCAGUGCCGAGACUUGCCUCCUUGCUGCGACCGAGGUGGUUACUAUCGUGGAGCGAUUCCUACGUGACAACCCUGUCACGCUAACGAAUCCUCAGUUUGCAUUCUGUCUAUUCAUAUGCGGCCGUAUGCUGUUAGCCCAUACUGCAUAUUAUAGCAUUCCACUUCCAAGAGAAUUUGAUGUAUUGCUGGACUCUCUUUGGGAGAUCUCAAAGAGAUGGAACCUAGAGAACAACAUCGCAGCCAAGUUCGCCUCCCGUCUAGUAAGGGCUCGACAACAAGGUGCCUCUCUAGACAUCCGGCAGGCCGUCUUCUCCGAUGAUCAGGCUGCUAUCGCACAUAACUCAUCUAAGUCUCAACUUCACGGCGCCGGAGUGGCGAGACAGAGGAGCAGCAUACCGGGUUCCCAUAAAUCUCAGCCACUUCAUCCCAUGACCAAACGCAGCCAGGCCAUGCCGGGUCCUUUCCUUCAAGAGAGGCCUGGUACCGAUUAUCGCCACCGUGCCGCAGCCCAGACCCCAUUGGGUGGGCCGUCGGUGGACAUACAAAUACCCAUCAACGGCGGCAACAGCACCAACAUUGGCGGCAGCAGUCAUAGUAACAUGAGACUUGCAGAGGAGGAGUCACCCGAGAGCAUAUCGUUCGCGUUUCCUCCCUUGCCUUUAGCCUUCCAGGCGGGCCAAAUCGCGAGCGCAACGCAGACCGCAAUCCAGUCACCAGCCAUGCAGCCUGCCCCGUAUCCCGUUCAGGAUUUUGGAAAUGGUAUGGUCCCCAUGGACGCGGCCGCAUUCCAAGAUAUCGAUUUCUUUCUGGAAUACUCUUUCCCGCCAGAUAAGCGUGUCAGCAUGUACGCGCAGUCAAGUGAUCAGAACGAGGCGACAGAAGGAUUAAAUCAACUGAAUGAAGAGCCGGUUUGA